AUGGGAUGCGUUCACGGACGACAUUCUCUGGCCUUACAAGAGGUACAAACAGAGGACGACGCGUACGAGCCUCUCGAACGAAGGCACUGUACCACCACCGCCGCCGCCGCUGGUAGACCGAUCGCUACCUCACAGCAGCUGCUGCUGAAUCGUUCUCAGGUCGAUCCAGCAGAGCUGGCACCGACCGAUUACGUGAUAAAGCCGACGGUGGGCGGCAAGUGCGGCGUGUAUAAGGCGGAACACGUACAGCGCUCUUUCCUGUGCCACAAAUGGCCCUCGAACAAAGCCUUCGAGCGUAACCUCCAGAAACUGGCCGACAGCAAAGACAGUAUCCAGGCGGACAUAGAAAAGCUGCUUCGCGGCAUCCUCUCUUCGUUCCCGUUUCCUGCUAACGCAGCGAUGUGCGCGCAGCCGCGUUCGCCGCCGGUCACCUUCGUGAACCACCGCCACCGCAGAACAGAUACCGUACCCAAAGCCACUUCAUCAAACGAUCAAGGUGUUACGGAAGAUCGUUCUUGUCCCUGUCGCUCAGAGAUGUCGAUUGCUGCUCAGUACCCCCUCAACUACAUGGUAGUGACUAAGACGUUUGAUUCGAUGGAAUUGACGGCAAUGCUAAACGCCUUGCCGGAACAUGACAUCAACGUGAUUGAGGUGAUGAACACCGGUUCAGUGCUGUUCGCUGAACCAUGUCCCAUCAGUAUCCAUCGAGGAGUGCGCCAAGGAGAUGAAAUCUCACCGGCGGUCUUCGCCAGGGCCUUGGCGACACUCUUCAACCGGCUAAACUAG